AUGCAUUGUGAGAGGUUUCUAUGUGUCCUGAGAAUAAUUGGAACUACACUUUUUGGAGUGUCUCUCCUCCUCGGAAUCACAGCUGCUUAUAUUGUUGGCUACCAGUUUAUCCAAACAGAUAAUUACUAUUUCUCUUUUGGACUGUACGGUGCCUUUUUAGCUUCACACCUCAUCAUCCAAAGCCUCUUUGCCUUUUUGGAACACCGGAAAAUGAAAAAGUCCCUUGAAACCCCCAUUAAAUUGAACAAAACUGUAGCUCUCUGCAUUGCUGCGUAUCAAGAAGACCCUGACUACUUACGGAAAUGUUUGCAAUCUGUGAGAAGGCUGACCUACCCUGGGAUUAAAGUCGUGAUGGUCAUAGAUGGGAAUUCAGAUGAUGACCUUUACAUGAUGGACAUCUUCAGUGAGGUCAUGGGCAGGGACAAAUCGGCCACUUACAUCUGGAAAAACAACUUCCAUGAAAAGGGACCUGGUGAGACAGACGAGUCCCACAAAGAAAGUUCACAACAUGUAACCCAAUUGGUCUUGUCUAACAAAAGUAUUUGCAUCAUGCAAAAAUGGGGCGGAAAGAGAGAAGUCAUGUACACAGCCUUCAGAGCACUGGGGCGAAGUGUGGAUUAUGUACAGGUGUGUGACUCAGACACCAUGCUUGAUCCUGCCUCAUCCGUGGAGAUGGUGAAGGUCUUAGAAGAAGACCCUAUGGUUGGAGGUGUGGGGGGAGAUGUCCAGAUUUUAAACAAGUAUGAUUCUUGGAUCUCCUUCCUCAGCAGUGUGAGAUACUGGAUGGCUUUUAACAUAGAAAGGGCCUGCCAGUCUUAUUUUGGCUGUGUCCAGUGCAUAAGCGGUCCUCUGGGAAUGUACAGAAACUCCUUGCUGCAUGAGUUUGUGGAAGACUGGUACAAUCAGGAAUUCAUGGGUAACCAAUGCAGUUUCGGUGAUGACAGACACCUGACCAACAGGGUGCUGAGUCUGGGCUAUGCAACUAAAUACACGGCUCGGUCCAAGUGCCUUACUGAAACACCCAUAGAGUAUCUGAGAUGGCUGAACCAGCAGACCCGUUGGAGCAAGUCCUACUUCCGAGAGUGGCUGUACAAUGCCAUGUGGUUCCACAAGCAUCACUUGUGGAUGACCUACGAAGCUGUUAUCACUGGAUUCUUUCCUUUCUUUCUCAUCGCCACAGUCAUCCAGCUCUUCUACAGGGGUAAAAUCUGGAACAUCCUCCUCUUCCUGUUAACUGUCCAGCUAGUGGGUCUCAUUAAGUCAUCUUUCGCCAGCUGCCUUAGAGGAAAUAUUGUCAUGGUCUUCAUGUCUCUCUAUUCAGUCUUAUACAUGUCAAGUCUACUUCCUGCCAAGAUGUUUGCGAUCGCGACCAUCAACAAAGCUGGGUGGGGCACGUCUGGAAGGAAGACCAUUGUUGUUAAUUUCAUAGGACUUAUUCCAGUGUCCGUGUGGUUUACAAUCCUUCUAGGCGGUGUGAUUUUCACCAUUUAUAAGGAAUCUAAAAAGCCAUUUUCCGAAUCCAAACAGACUGUUCUCAUCGUGGGAACCUUGAUCUAUGCAUGCUACUGGGUCAUGCUUUUGACUCUGUAUGUGGUUCUCAUCAAUAAGUGUGGCAGGCGGAAGAAGGGACAGCAGUACGACAUGGUGCUUGAUGUAUGAUGAUGUGUGCAGUAACACCUGGACAGACACACAGACACAUAGACACACACACACAUCUUAGCUCCUCAAGGGGCUGUGCAGUACUGUGGCAUCUCACCCUGCCACCACAGGCGACAUAUCACUGCUGCUGGGACUUGAACAA